GACGACGACGACAAAUGUCACCACCGCGAAUGUCGCCGCUGCCAAUGCGUUGUUUUGAUUUUUGAACGAGCUGCUGGUGCGCGAACACGGCAGUUGUGAAUGAACAGUUCAUAAGCCCACAACAACAGUGUGCCGAGCAAUCAUGAAUCGUUGCUUUUACAUCUCCGCGGCGACGACGCUUCUGCUGCUGCUGGUCGUCGGCCGUUUAUCGCCGACCGCUCUCGCGUUCGACGCCAAGGCCUUCGACGACACGAUUCUCUUUAAGCUCGACUGGCCGGGAAAAACUGCGCCCGAUUUAACGGAUUCUCAGACCAAUGCGGAACCUUACACAAUAACGACAGUUAAUAAUGAGCAGUAUCAAUGUUAUAUUCCACAAGUCAAAGGGGAAGGAGAUGUUUCAGAAGAUAAAGAAUAUGUGGGACCUAAUCCAAUUGAAUAUCUAUCCUUAUUAUUGUUUAAUCAAAACACAUGCUCUUAUAGUCUGGAAUCUUAUUGGACCUAUGAACUUUGCCAUGGAAAUUAUGUAAAGCAAUAUCAUGAAGAGCGAGAUGGAAAAAAAAUUAAAAUCCAAAAGUACGAUCUUGGAAAAAUUGACCAGGCGCAAAUUAAGAAGUUAUCCGCUAAAUAUGAUGAGCUUGCUAAGAAUCCAAAUAGAAAGGCUGAAAUUCCUGUUAAAAAAAUUGAUGGUAUCAAUAUGCCAUACGUAGAAAUAGAAAUGACAGAUGGCACUAUGUGCGAUUUGAAUGAUAAGCCAAGAUCCAUCAAAGUUUUAUAUGUCUGUUAUCAACAUGGAAAACAAGAAAUUUAUUCCAUUAAGGAAACAGCUACUUGUGAAUACGAAACCAUCGUUCUCACACCACUACUGUGUGGUCAUCCAGAUUAUAGAGCGCACGAUAGUGGAGAAAAUACAAUCAAUUGCAGACCUAAGGACAAUGCCCCUAAGAAACCCAGAUCAUUAAUGGCAUUGGAAGCUGAAAGUUCAAAAUUGAGAAACAAAAAAUAUACGGAUGAGAAGCCCCAAAAAGUCUAUGCCAUUAUACAUGUAGAUAAGGAUGGUCAGGAUGGUCAACCACAAGUGCGUGUAGAGAUUCAUCCAUUAGAUACAGCUUCAAAACAUUACAACCUUGAUACUUCUCUAAAUCCUCUUUUGGAGCAAGGAAAUAUCAUUGCCAAAAGUGGUACAAUUGAAAACUUUCUUAGUGGAAAAAAUUGUCUGAAUGGGGGGAAUGGAUGGUGGAAGUAUGAAUUUUGUUAUGGUCGUUCUGUCAGACAGUACCACAUUGAAUCAACUGGGUCUAAAGUUGUUGUUAAUCUUGGCCUAUUUGAUAAAGAAAAGCAUAUAGAAUGGAUUAACGCCAAUCCAAAUAAAAAACCAAAACCACUUGCGCAGAGAAAAGAAUUAUCCCAUUUCUAUGGCUCUGGUACUACAUGUGAUAAAACUGGAAAACCUCGUCAAACCGAGGUAAAAUUCAAGUGUGUAACCAAUCCUGCGGGAAGCCAAUCUAGUGUCUCAUUAUACUUAUUAGAACCAAAUACAUGUGAAUACGUAUUGGGCGUUGAAUCGCCGCUGAUCUGCGAUAUCUUGACUCAUGCCGAUGAUUCGUACGGGCUUAUCAGUGAUAAAAUUUUGAUGAGCUUUCAGGAUUUCAAAGCAACAAAUGCACACGCGGACAGCGACGAGCGAAUAGCCAAUGAAGACGAGUGAAUUGACGAUAAUGAACUUACGAGAGAAACAUGAACUGAACUGUUAAAGAAAUUAUGAUUCAAUUUGUGAUAGCAGUGUGCAAGUGUAAUAUAAUUCUUUCACGAAACUUUACAAAGAUUCCUAAUCUUGUCUAUAAUAUAUUGUAUAGAAAAAUUUAUUUUAAAAUUAUUAUGAAAGGUUUUAGUGACCAAAGGAAAGUAAAUAGAAAAAAAUAGCGUAAUGAUUUAUAAUCCAA